AUGGGUGUAUGCGGAGGAAAAGGAGCUAAAAACAAGGACAAUGCAAAAAAGGAUCAAGAUCAAAAAUAACAAGACACUCAUCCCAAAAGUAUAGAGAAUGGACAGAAAAAUGAUAAGAAAGCAUUCACAUCCUAAAAAACAUAAUUCAAAGUCAAUCCUUCCAUUUUUGUGACCUUAAAGAAAGGAGAUAUCUUAAACUACUAUAGAAUCGACUAAACAUUGGGAGAAGGUUCAUAUGGCAAAGUGAGUUUGGUGACACAAAAAGUAACUGGAUUACCAAGAGCCAUGAAGCAAAUCAAAAAGGAGAAAAUCGAAUAAAGAGACAACAUGAUUCAGGAAGUCUCUAUACUCAAAGAAUUAGAUCAUCCUAAUAUUGUUAGUGUUUAUGAAUUAUAUGAAGAUGAAUAAUAUGUUUACAUCAUCACAGAAUAUCUAAGUGGAGGAGAAUUAUUUGAAAAAAUAAAUGAAAUCGAUCACUUCGAUGAAACUAUUGCAGCUGGUUAUAUGAGAAAAAUCUUGGAAGCUGUUAAUUAUUGUCAUAAUAAAAAUGUAGUCCAUCGUGAUCUCAAACCUGAGAAUAUUAUAUUUGAAUCGAGGAAAACUAAUUCAAGUGUAAAGAUCAUUGACUUCGGCACAGCCAAAGAACUAUUAGACAGCACUAAAUUAUCAUAAAGAAUCGGAACUCCUUAUUAUAUAGCACCUGAAGUCAUCAGUAAAUAGUAUGAUAAAAAAUGCGAUGUGUGGUCCUGUGGAGUCAUUCUAUUCAUCAUGUUGUGUGGAUAUCCUCCAUUUAAUGGGUAAUCCUAAUAGGAAUUGUAUUAGAGGAUUCAAGCAGGAGUUUACUCUUUUGAUGAACCUGAAUGGAAGGAGAUUUCUGGGGAGGCUAAGGAUUUGAUUAAGAAAAUGUUGGUGACUGAUCCUGAAAAAAGAAUCUCAGCUCAAGAUGCAUUGUAACAUGAAUGGAUUAAGAUGACUUAAAAGGAGAAAAAAAUUAAUCACAAAUCCCUUGAGAACUUAGCUAGAUUUCAUAGCCAAAGUAAACUAAAAGUAGCCAUUAUGCAAUUGAUCACCACCUAAGUCAUGACUAAUUAAGAAAAGAAAAAACUGCAAAAAUAAUUUAAGAAAAUUGAUGUCAAUCAUGAUGGCACUUUGAGUAGAGAGGAAUUACUCCAAUGUUAUCGAGAAAUUUAUAAUGACGAACUUAAAUGCCAGUAAAUUGUUGAUCAUCUAUUCGAAUAAGCAGAUGUCAAUGGAUCUAAUUAAAUUGACUAUACAGAAUUUGUUAUUGCUUUUGCAAAGAAAGAGUAAAUUAUGGCUUAAAAUAAAUUGGAAAAGGCCUUCAAACUAUUUGAUAAAGAUGGCAAUGGACAAAUUAGUAAAUAAGAACUUUAGGACAUUAUGGGUGGAGUGUAAUUAAGUGAUAAUUAAUGGAGUUCUGUAUUUGGAGAACUUGAUUUAAACGGAGAUGGUGUUGUAACACUAUAAGAAUUUACUGAAAUGCUCAUCAAAGGAGCUAAUGAAUAAGAAUGA